AAGUUGUAGGAAACGAAAGAUUUUACAGUUGGGCGUUUUUAAAUUUGCAAUUUUGCCUUGUUACCCAUUACCACGGACCCCUAAGAACAGUUAACACGGACGUGCCCGCACAUAAUAUAGUCCCGUGUGUUUUAUUUACGUUACAGAGUCGAUUACGUGAGCGGUGCACCAGUGAAAGGCCGGCUGUCGUGCGAAGCGGUUGUGGGUGUGUGUAACAAAAUGAUAUAGGGAAAAAUAAUAAAACAUUUUGGGUCGAUAUACGUCGCAGCGUUUCGAUAUAUUUUGGUUUAAUAUUUUAGAAGCGACUUCGACUCGAAAUGGAUUCUAAUAAUAUUUUAGCGGGAGAGAAAAUGGAGGAGUAUCUGAAACACAUAGAAAUGCUAAAUGGUAACGAUUUGAGCACUUUGAAUUUGAACUUUGAAAACCAGAUGAAUUUGCAACAGCCGGACAAAAACUCCGAAGCGAUUGCUGACUUCUACGAUGGAUCCGUUGUCCUGGUGACCGGGGGAACAGGUUUCGUAGGGAAGGCAUUGUUGGAGAAGCUCCUGAGGAGCUGUCCGGGUAUAAAGACGAUUUAUGUCUUGAUGAGGCCAAAGAGAGGCUUGACUGUCGAUCAGAGGUAUAAGGAACUGCUGAAGAAUCAGGUUUUUGACCGCAUCCGGACUCGUUGGCCAGACCGCCUCGGAAAGCUGUACCCCAUAACCGGAGAUGUAUCAGCUCCAAACCUUGGAGUCAGUGCUGAACAGCGGGAACUCCUCGCGAAGGUGACGGCGCUGUUCCAUUCAGCUGCCACUGUGAGAUUCACGGAACCUCUCCAUGCUGCCACAACCCUCAAUGUUCAGGGUACAGCGUCGUUACUGAAGCUGGCUGAAGAUAUGCCCAAGUUAAAGGCGCUCGUCCACGUUUCGACGGCAUACAGCAAUGCGCCGCGGUCUCUGAUCGAGGAGCGCGUAUAUCCCCCUCCUUACGACCCUGACAGCAUCGUCAGGUGCACCAAGAUGCUACCAGCGGAGACUGUGGAAGUCAUCUCCGAGACUUUACAGGGUGAACAUCCUAACCCCUACACUUUGACAAAGGCACUGGCGGAGUCCAUAGUGUACAGUCACACGAACCUCCCUGUUUGUAUCGUGAGGCCUUCUAUAGUAACUGCAGCUCUUCAAGAACCUUAUCCUGGGUGGAUAGACAACGUUUAUGGUGUUACUGGUUUGAUCAUGGAGAUAUCUCGUGGUACCUACCGGUCAGGGUAUUGCCGGGAGCGGUACGUCGUGGACCUGGUGCCAGUUGAUAUGGUCGUCAACUCCUGCAUCCUAGCUGCGUGGAGACAAGGAGUUAAGCAACCUGGCCGCUGCCCAGUAUACAAUGUGACAUCGGGAUCCAUUAACCCCCUGCAGUGGGGCCAGUUCACCAAGCUGUGCGUCAAAUGGGCCCUCGAGAAUCCCACCAAAUACGUCAUGUGGUACCCUAACUUCGCGUUCACUGAAUCCCGAUUCAUCAACACGUUCUGGGAGAUCACGUGCCACUUCCUGCCAGCCUUCAUGUACGACAUGCUGCUAAGGGCUCAGGGACGGAAAGCUAUAAUGAUGAAACUGGCACGCCGUUUCAAAAUGGCCGCCGCAACUGGGGAAUACUUUGCCAAUCACGAAUGGCAGUUUGGCAUAUCGGAGCUGACGGCUUUACACAGUGAUGCCAAUGUUGCCAGUGACUCUGGCGCCUUUCCUCAUUGGCCAGCUGACUUCGAUUGGGACUCGUAUAUCGGAGCUUAUAUGUUUGGCAUCAGGCGUUAUAUUUUAAAGGACACAGCUGAUUCUCUGCCAGUAGCCAGGACUAAAUUACGAAGAUUAUAUUGGGUGCAUAAAUUAUUCCAGGCGGCAACAGGAUAUUAUUUAUUUAGACUCGUUGCCGGUCGUCUACGGUAAAAUAAACAAGUUUAUUUUAACCAUACUUUUAUACAAAAUGACUAAUUGAAUGUACAAUUUCUGAGAGAUUUUUUUGAACAUUGAUCACAACGGUAGUUCACUGCGGGUUACCUACAGAAUCGAUAUUUUUUCGCAUUGUACUGAAUCUUAAUCUCCUUAUCGUAUGGUUGAUGUACAACCUGGUGUCAGAGUGUAACCCGCCCGUAGUUC